CUCAUCCGGUGAAUUACCUCGGUUUCCUCAAGACGCCGUAUAAAUACUGCAGCUUCAGUAACUAGACCAUACUUACAAGACGGAGGAACAAGAUGAGUAAAUACAUUCUGGUGUUGUGUGUGCUCUCGGCGUUCCUGAUCGCUGAGGCGACAUGCCAGCGGAUCAUUCUGCCGACGUACCGGCCCCCGCCGGCGCCGAGGAGACCGGUCAUCAUGCGAGCUCGUCGGGAACUACAACUACAACCAGUUCAUGGAGAAGAAACUUACCCUGGCUUUGAAGAAGUCUCUGAAGUUGACCAUCAUGGUGAGAGGGUUGAGAGGAGUCUUGGGACGCCGAGCCGGUCUCGCGGAGGUGGUAGCAGCCGGCCGUCUUCAAGCCGGGACACCGGGCCGACUCAUCCGGGGUACAACCGCCGGAAUGCGAGGUCUCUGCCGUCCCUCCGGCUGCCGGGGAGAAACUUCCCUAUUCCACCGACCACACCUCCAUUCGUUCCUAAACCUAGGCGGUUCCCUAUCUACGUUUAAGUUAGACGGAUCAAGACUUAAAUCAGGAAACAGUGCCAUAUCUAUACUAAUAUAUAAAGCUGAAGAGUUUGUUUGUUUGACCGCGCUAUGGAAGUACCGGUCCAAAUUGAAAAAUUAUUUCUGUGUUGAAUAGACCAUUCAUCGAGGAAGGCUUUAGGCUAUAAACCAUCACGCUGCGACGCACGAGCGAAGAUACAAUGGAAAAUGUGAAAAAAACAGGGCAGAUAUAAAUCAUACCUCAUAUCUUCUACCCACGGGGACGAAGUCGCGUGCAACAGCUAGUAUUCUUUUUAAUUUUAUUCACUUGAGUGCGUUUGUAUUACAGUAAUUAUGUUCAAGCACAGUACGAAAAACAGUUUUUUAUUAGGCAAAAACUUUUGUUUAAAUUAUGACAGCUAAGUAUUGUAUAAGAUUAAGUUGCACUUUUCUGUUUUUGUCCUAUGUUUGAGGAAAAUAAAUCUUUAAUUGUUUA